CACUUGUGAGAAACGGCGCCUGAGACCCAGAAGUUUCUUGUCUGUCGGCUCGGCACGGUUCGCUCUGCUCCUCCGCGACAUUCUUCCGUUUCUUCUCGCUCUCAUUUCCACCCGCAUCCUCACUUUCAGUUUUUUCCCCAGUCGAGGAUUCAGUCGGGGUGUUCCGCUAACACAGGGCGUUGCUGGAGAGGAUUUUGCUAGCUCGCCGCUGCACUGACUGAACAGACCUUGCUGUCUUCAUAAAGCGUGUAGACCUGUGGCCAUCCUGUGAGAAUUAAGUCCAUCAGCCCUGCUCGCAGAGACGGACCACAACCACUCAAGGGGAGAUGAAGCCGGAUGGGGUUGCCACGGCAGCACUGGAGCCAAUGGAAACGUUGGAAUCCAAUCCAGUAAAUGAGGCAGAACCAACAAUGGGACAGGAGCCAAACCAGGCAGCCAGUCCAGUGGAGGAGGAGAUCCCACAGCAACCUGUUGGAGAAACGGGCCAGGUGGAACCACUGCCAGACCAGGCCAAGGAAACCCCAGCUGCCAAGACCAGCAGCAAGACUUCAGGAGACUCCAAAGCCAAGAAUACCAACAAGGCCACGGCCAAGACAAAACCUGGUGGCGCCAGCCCAGCCAAGGCCACAUCUGGCUCACGGCCAAACCCAUCCCAGAGCCGCCUCUCAAAUGGCGUGUCAAAGCCCCAGACCAAUGGAGAGGCUAAGAAGGCCCCACCUGCUGCGGUCAAAAAGAGCACCCCGACCACAGCUUCUACCAAAAAACCAACAGGCCCAGUCGGAGCCCCAGCCUCCAAGAGCAAAGUGGCUGAGAAGAAAUCCACAGGGACCGCCACCAACGGCGCAAAACCGAUGACCGGAACAACAGCAGCCAAGAAGACGCCAUCCACAACUGCUAAUGGUGUCAAAUCCAGCACCGCUGCAGCUGCUGCUAAAAAGCCCCCAGCUCCCAAACCUGCCUCUGCAACACCCACCAAACCUAGCUCUGCUGCCUCACCCAAGCCUCCUGUUUCCAAGACAACCAGGCCUACCACCGGCACGGCAGCAUCAUCUCGUCCUGCCACAGGCUCAACCAGGCCACCCACUACCAGCACAAACAACACAACCAAGAGCUCCCAAACUACAACCAAACCUGCCACCCCAAAAACCUCCUCCUCCACCACUGCCAAGCCUGCUGCCUCCAAACCAACCUCCACUACCCCCUCUGGUGGCAAACCUCCAGCAUCACAAACAUCCAGAAACGCAACCCCUGUGAAAAAAGAUGUCACCAAAUCUGCCACUGCAGCAUCCAAAAAGCCUUCAGAGUCUCCCCUUACCCGCCCAUCCUCUACAACGAAGGCUGCAAAACUUGAGACCCCCAAAUCAGCCUCAAAAUCAGAUGUCCCUGCCAAAAAGCCUACUGCUAGUAAGGUUGCGGACACAAAGACACCAAACCGCUCCAAAACACAAGACAGUAAGACACCUUCCAAGGAUGCUUCUAAGACCCCUGGCUCCAAAACUGCUACAACCAAGACUUCCAGCCCUAAGAAACCUGUGGGCACCAGUACCCCAACUCCUGUGAAACGUGGCCCCAAAGCUGCAACUGUUGCAGAACCUGAAAAGGAAAUAGCUGCUGCUGCUGCUGUAGCGGCUGCUGCAGCUAUCGCUACUGCGGCAUCUGCCAUUGCCAGGCCUGAGGAACCAGAACCCCCUGCAGAAACAGCUGUGGAGCCAUCUGCUGCGCCAGAACUGAUGUCGAGCGAUACUGAAGUAGUACAAGAAAAAACUUCAGACCCCACACCAGAACCAGUCACUGAACCAGUGUUGGAGGCACUGCGAGAACCAUCACCAGAACCCAUAAUAGAACUGACACCAGAACCCGCAAGAGAACUAACACCAGCACCUGUACGAGAGCCGACACCAGAGCCCAUACGGGAACCGACACCAGAGCCCAUACGGGAACCUACACCAGAACCUGUACGAGAACCAACACCAGAGCCAGUACGGGAACCGACACCAGAACCUAUACGAGAACCGACGCCAGAACCUGUACAAGAACCGACACCAGAACCUAUACGAGAACCAACACCAGAACCUGCACGAGAAACAUCUCCUGAGCCUCUCCUAGAACCACAUUCUCAGCCAACAGCAGAGCCAGAUGUAGAAGCUGAACCAGUCCAUGAACCAGCCUCCAAUGUUCAGUUGUCAGCCCAGCUGGACCUUUUCAAAUUCGAGGAGUCUGCAAACAGUUCCUCAGUCCCUUCCCUGGGAACCACUGUCAUGUCUCCUCCUUGUUCCCCACCAGGCCCUGUUUCUCCUGUCAGAGAGCCACAGAAUGCCUCUUCUCUGUUGGACAUGCAUUUCCAGUCUGAUCACUGGGACAGCAACCUGCCCCAGGCUCAGUCCGACUUUGCUCCCGAGAGCCUUAUCAAUAUGAUGAACGUACAGACAGAAGAAGAAAAGGAGAAUGUUGAACAGCUUGAGGCAGAGGAGACAAUGGAGGAUGAAGAGGAGGAUGAGGAAGAAGAGAAGGAGAACCUGUUUAUGCCUACAUCCACUGCUCCAUCUGCAGAGGCCUUCAAUAUGAUGGAACAACCUCACUUGUUGGGUGCCUCAACUAUGGAUGACUUCACCUCCAGGCACCUGGUCCUCGCUCAAGAAAAAGAGGAGGCAGUGGAAAAGGCAGAUGAGGAGAUAAAUGAGGAUGAUGAUGAUGAGGAGGAGGAGGAUGAAGAUGAGGAGCAGAGAAGACUAGGUCAGCAGCCUUCAUCCAUGGUCACUGACAUGAGCACAUCUCAGCCUUCUGAGGAGUUCCAAGUCAGGUCCUCAGGGUUUGGUGGUUCUGCAGGGUGGCAUGGUGAUGAUCUGCUGUCUGGGAUGGACUCUGAGGAUGUGAGCAGCUGCACCAGCAGUCGGCAGCAGGGAGUUUCUGACCUCAGCAGCACCCAGCACACUGCAAUAUUGGAAGGCACCCAGAGCUCAGACGCCCUGGUCGACUCAAGUCUUCGUGGCUCUGAGGGAGAUUGUAAUCUCAUGGGUUCUCCCAAUGUGGAGACCUUGGCUAACGAGGAAGACGAGGAUGAAGAGGACGAGCGGGUGGAUGAUAUGGACCUGAGUUCAGAGAAAGUAGAAGAACAUCACAAGACGUUUGAGCAGCAGGAACAAGAUGAGGAUGAGGAGGAUGAAGAUGUAGAGAUGCACAGUGAAGGAGUGACAGAGAGCUGCGGGAAUGCAGAUGAAGAUGACUUUAAUGAGGAGGAGCGUUUAGAUAACCUCAAUCGCUCUGGUCCUCCGCCUUGCAUCCCCCCUACCUCCUCCUGGGGUCAGACCAACCCCUUCUCUGAUCCUUGGGCUCAACCAGCCUCACUGCUCUCUGUCUCCUCGCCUAGCCCUCUUUCGGACCACGGUGCGGCCGAAUCUGAGACGCCGACCCUGUCUCCUGCCCAGGCACGUGUGGACAGCAAUUCCCCCUCCUUUGCUCAUCAGUCAGAGGAAGAGCCCGAGCACCAUCAGUCAGCCCAUGAGGAGAUGAAGAGCUCACCCCCCGAGGAGGCUCAGGUCUUACUUGCCGCCCCAGCUGGAGGCAUGUCCCAGUCCGCCCAUAGCAGUAGUGAGACGAGCACCCCUGAGGAACUCCGUGACUAUGACAGCAGCUCUGGAGUGGAGUCUCGUUCUGACAAACAGCAGACCCCAGUGCCUGCUUCAGUCCAGCCUGACAUGGAGCAGGACCUGGGUAUUCACUUGGAGAAAGGCGAUGGGGAAGAGGAGGAGGCUGAGACACUCCCUGCCGAUGAGGUCCUUGGAACAGGACCCCCAACCGCUCCAGCAUCCGCCCCGUCUUCCCCCUCCACCUCAGGAGACGAGGCCAGUGACACAGAGGGUGAGAUGCAAAUUAACGACCCUGAUGCACCAGUGAUGAUGGAUGAGAGUGCUGGAUUUGAAAGCCCUACUCCCACCUGUAGUCUGCCUGCUCUUGAGGAGGAUGAGGAGGCGGUGGACACAGCAGCAGGAGAGGGCGAAGAGGACGGAGGCGGGACCACUCCUCAGUCAGCCAACUCUGUGGCAUCAUACGGCUUCGACUGUACCACAUCCAACUCCAAUGCCCACUCUAUGGCUGAGAGCUGUGGAAAAAGCCCAGGGAUCUUCUCUCUGGAGAAUGAGGAACAGCUGCCAGAGGAGGCCAAGGACCCCUCCCUCAUCAAGGAGCUGACCCUUCCAUCAGCUGCUGCUGCUGCCCAGGCAGAGGACCUGCUGGGCAGACAUGUGGACCUGAUGCCUUUGGGCCAUCCGGGAGAAAACCAGCCCAGUCUAGAUGAGCACCACUAUAUGCUGGGGGGAAAGAUUGCAGCAGACCACCUGGAGGAGGUUGAUCCGUUGGAGCCCAGUCACCACCUUGGGGCGCAGGAAUCUGGAGACACCGACGACAACCAGCCAGCCUACUACUCUACCAUAUGUGAUAAGACUGAUAGUUUUCUGGCAGGUAAUGUAUAAGUCCCUCCUAUUACCCCUGGAAUGCACCUUUUCCCUGCAACCCUCCCCCUUUACCUGUUGUUCGUUUUCUCUCCAGUUGGGUUAGAUGGCUUAGAAGAGAAAAAAAAGGAGAGCAAGAUUGUAGGAAAAGAUUUAAAAAAAUGAACAAAGGAGAUGGCAAAAAAGACUGUAGCAAUUUUUAAAUGAAGCCUCCCUCUUUCAUACUGUUAUGGUCAUGUUUAUGAGUGUAUGGCUUCAACUCCUUUAUGUACAAUAGCUACUACCAUUUUCUAGUAGAAUGUUCUUUUUAAGUAACACUGCAUAUUCUGUAGCCCCUGAUGGGGUAUUGACUGAUUGGUCCAAUGUGACUGAGCUUUUAAACCGAAAAAAGGAAGAAAAAAAAAUGGACUCAUUGUGUAUUUAUCCUACUGUUUUUACCGAACAAAUGUCAAUGAUUUUUUUUGUUUUGUAUUUGCUUAUUUGUUGUUUUUUGUUUGUUUUUUUCUGUUGAAACCUGGUCCUCCCUACCCUGUGUACACACGCUUCAUGUUCAACAGCACCAUAGCGAUAGUCAAACGCUCCUUUUAAAAGUUUGUGUUCUUAUUUCAAGACUUUUAGCUAUCAAAAUAAAGGCUAGAUAUUAACACGGCUGUUUUGCCCUUACAGAUUUGUUGAGGUAGGUAUGGGAGUAUUAGAUUGCAGUUGGUGAAGUUUUUAAUGUGUGCUUCAAGAGGUUCUACGCUCUUUGCAUAGGUUGUUAAGGUAUAUAACGUGCAGUCACGUACAGUAUGUGUUUCAGGCGUUUGGUUUUAAGUGGCUCAAGCUUUAAGCCUCAGUUAGCUGAUCAUUUGUGUUUCUGACUAACAACUAGCCUAUUAUUUGUGAUGAGACACUGCAUUGUCAUACAUCGCUAUCACAGUUGAGCUUUACACUCGCUGAAACGUUUUCAUAGUGGGCGUUUGGUUUACUAUUUCAACAGAAUAUUGCAUGUUUAACUAACAAAGACUGUGUACUACCUUGAAUUUGAAACAGUUCUACACUAGACAUGUUCAUAAAUGAAUGGUUCACACUAGGUUAUCUUUCAAAAUUCCAUUAAAACAUCAUUGC